UAAUCCCGGGAGAGUGGGAGCGGGGUGGUGGUGUUAUCUUGUUACGUACAGUACGAGAGUUUACUUGACCCGUGUUUUUAGUCUGGAAACUCUGCCAAGUGGGAGGAAUAGACUGUAGCCUGGUGGCAUCGCCAUGGCCGCAGCUCCCGCGUCGCACGUCGUUCGCGCACGAGCAGGAUCGUCAUUGCCGUCCUCUCGCAAUAGGGUAACCAGCUCGUCGUCGUCGUCGUCGCAUGGUCCCUUCCUCCCGCCCCGCUGCUCUCGAUUAAAGCCUUUAAUCGUGAAACCCGCCGAUCCCAGCCAUUGCACGUUGCGAACGUCUCAGCCACUCAAGAACCGCCACGUGGCGUCAUCAGGAGUUUCUGGGUCCGCAGCGCGAGCUUCUCUGCCGACAUCGAACGGCAGAGAUGCUCCCGAUGCGUUUAGCCCGUCCAUACCGGAGGAACAGCACCCGUUCGAUGGGAAUAAAGGAUUAACGCCCGAACCGGGGGAGCAGCACCCCCGGGUAAUGUUACCAGCAUUACGAGGGGAGAAAGGGGACCAACACUUUUAUUCCCCGCGCGCCGCGCUUCAGGCGCUCGACCAAAAGGCUAAUAGCGGGGAUAUCGCGUCCCCUUCGAAACCGGGCGAUAGCGUAUUUAUAAAGGUUAAUAGCGAGGAUAAUAUCGGCGCAUCGUCAUCUUUAUCGCGCGUCGUUUCGUCGCCUCUUUCUGUCUAUAACGGGGAUCGCGAAGUCAGCCAGUCGAACUCAGACUGCGAUAUCGGAACAUCUCAGGAGACCAGAGCCGCCGCUUUAGUCUCAGCCGCGCGUCGCGUUGUCGCGCAAUGGCGGCACGCGCUUUCGCAGAAGCUGCAUCGCGACAGCGUAGGCUCCUCCUUUCUCUCCUCCCAUUUCUCCUCCUCCUUUUUUCUCUCUUCCCAUUCGCCGGAAUCGACUGUUUCUGAUUGGCUGAAAUCGGCGGCUUCCGAUUGGCGGAAACUGGCCGCGUCGGCGUCGAUCGCGCUGCUGGUCCUCUCCGCGUCGCCGCAUCCCGCGCUCGCUUACGUGGCGGCGCCGCCGCGCACGCUGUCGCAGGACGAGAUCGCGACCGUCCGAUUGUUCAAGGAGACGACGCCGUCGGUCGUUAACAUCACGAAUCUCGCCGUCAGUCGCGACGCGCUCACGCUCGACGUGCUCGAGGUGCCGCAGGGAUCCGGGAGCGGUUUUAUUUGGGACGAGCUGGGGCACAUCGUGACCAACUACCACGUGAUUGCCAAUGCGGCCGAUAUAAGGGUCACCCUCUCAGACUCCUCGGUGCACGCAGCGCAGGUGGUGGGGCGCGACGAGGACAAGGACGUGGCCGUGCUGCGAAUCAACGCCCCUUGGGAGUCGCUCCACCCGGUCACUAUCGGAUCGUCCUCGGACCUUAUGGUCGGGCAAAGGGUCUUUGCCAUUGGUAACCCUUUUGGUCUCGACCACACUCUUACAUCAGGCGUUAUCAGUGGCCUACGGAGAGAGAUCCAGUCAGCAGCAACGGGGCGGCCAAUACAGGGCGUGAUACAAACGGAUGCUGCUAUCAACCCGGGCAACAGCGGUGGGCCACUUUUGGACUCUAGUGGCAGCCUGAUCGGCAUCAACACGGCUAUUUACUCGCCCUCCGGCGCUUCUUCUGGUGUUGGAUUCGCCAUUCCUGCUGAUUCUAUCAGCGGCAUAGUGGAGCAGAUCAUCGAGAACGGCAAGGUGGUGCGGCCUCUCCUGGGCAUCUCCUUUGCGCCCGAGGAGGCGGUGGAGCAGUUGGGCGUGGAUGGGGUGCUCGUGCUCGACGCCCCUCCCUCAGGGCCCGCGGGCAAAGCUGGCCUCCGGCCCACGUCUAGAGACAACUUUGGGCGGUUGGUUUUGGGCGACAUCAUAACCGCCAUUGAUAACCAUAAAGUGCGCAGCGGGACCGAUCUCUACAGGGCGCUGGAUGAUUGCCAAGUGGGUGACACGGUCGCCGUCACUGUAUUGAGGGGUGACAAGGAAAUGACAGUCAACGUAGUCUUAGAGGCAAAAGACGAUUAACAUAUUAUGAACCUUAGUGCUUAUGAAUAGUAAGAGUUGUCUUCAAGUUGUCGCAUCCCUAAUAGCUUACUAGAGUAUCAGGCCACUGUAUACUUAGCCAUUGAGAUUAUUGAUCAGGCACUGGAUGUUGGGCUCCACCGAGAAAACGUGUUGGCC